AUGGGUAGACCUGGCUGCUGCAGUAGCAGCGGCAGGCACAUGCUUGUGAUUCAGCAUUAUCUAGUUAUACUCUUGAUGUGUGCUGCUGCUUCUAGGGCAGCUUCAGCUGAAGACUCUGCUGCAACAGCAUCGACGCAGGAAUUGCACGCCAGCGACCAUUACGGAGGCAGCACGAACACGAAUAGCAACUGGAUGCUGCUGGAGCUGUCGGAGCAGGUUGAUUUGGCCGCACAAUCUCUCAAGCCGAACGCAGAGCCAACUGUCUUUCGGCCGCCUACCCCACAAGAAGAAAUGCACUGGAACUCGAGGAUGGAUGUCGUCGUUUUGUGCCUUUCGCUGGUGGACAGCUACCUCAAGACACACAUCUCUCUUCUUAGGCAAACGGUCCCCGAGGCAUCAUCCAAGCUUCCCGUCUCUGGUGCUUACGAGCAGGGCAUGAGAGACGAUGACGUUCUUGCAACGCUCAUGCACCAAAUGUGGGCGGGCUGCUACAGCAAUGCCCUGUCCCUUGCGGCCGCAACAUCCAUCUUGUCUCUAUCGUCUCAGGAAGCUGAAGCCCUCCUCAAACCUCACAAAUCGCCAAUGCGGUUUUCUGAAAAGAUGCUUGUCGACAUUGAUAAACUUAUCAAAGAACUUGCGGAGGGCCGUUCGCCUUCUGAUUGGGUUGCAACGGACUGGAGAGACACUUGGUGGUUUUGCAUUUUCAGCGUGUUCUGUAUUUUUUGCCUUCUCUUUCUCGCUGGGAGGAAGGCUGCGAAGGCCUACAGAAGGAAACACAAGGGAAAGGUGGGGGCGCGAGACAAGGCUCCCAUUAGCAGCAGCCCCAAGUAUUUAUAA